ACUCAUAUUGCAUGCCUCCUUCCCCACUUCCUCACCAAUUCAAUCUCCUUAGCAAAGUAGCUCAUCAAAAAUAACUUUAAAGUUCUUCCUCUCCCAUGCAUCUUUAACUCCUCGAUCCCUCUGCAAAACCCUUUAAUUUGGAUGUGAUUUUUUCCCCUUCUUUUGCUAAAAGAGAAGAAGAAAGCUCUUAAAGAAACACCACCAUGGCUUUCCCUUCCUUUCCCACUAUCCAUUUACAUCCCCAUAAUCGCAAACAGCAACAUCCUAAUUACCGGUCAGCCGGCGGUGAUGGCAUAGGAGGGCCCUCUGGUCCGGCACCGAUAACUGGACCGGUUGGUUCGACAGCUGGCAGAAGCAGCCGGGAGGCGAAACUGGUCGGCCGGCUGCCUGAGCAAGAGGUCAUUAAGUGUCCUAGGUGUGACUCCACCAACACCAAGUUUUGCUACUUCAACAACUACUCGCUCUCACAGCCGCGCCACUACUGCAAGGCCUGCCGUCGGUACUGGACCCGCGGAGGCGCCCUCCGUGAAGUCCCCGUCGGCGGUGGCCGACGGAAGAACAAGCGGCGGACGGAGAAGCCAGAGCUGCUGGAAGCUUCAGCUGGUGGUGGCACAGCUGGUACCUCCUCCUUCGAGCCUAACUAUCCACUCGCUAGUUCGAUCAUCCAUCAAUACCGGAGUUCUGGUCCACUGCCGGCGAUCAACAUGCCGUCGCCGGCGAACUGGAUGGACCCGUUGCCGGACCGCAGUAGUACGAUUAAUAUCGAUCCCUACGCAACAAAUCCAGCAAAUUAUUAUGAGGUGAGUGCAACUGGAAGCCCUAAUAAUAACUUAGGGUUCGAGAUCAACAACUACUUGAAACUCCGUCAACAAUUCCCUUUCACUUUGGGUGAGGAGCUUCUAUUACCGCCGCCGCCGCCGGAGGUGCUCCAACCGUUCGGUGAGCCAGUGAAGAUUGAUCGAGGCGUGAAGGCACGACAGCUCGGGAAUAGAGUUAUUAUUCCUCGGCAUGUUAGUAAUUUGAGUCCCUUUGAUCGAAGUAGUGCUGAUGGGUUCAUUGACUGGAGUGGCAGUGGAAAUAGCAGCGCCGGCGGUGGUGGAUGGCCGGCGGCGACUUCCGGUGGAGACUUCACGACCAUGCGCUGCUUCAACACCCCACCGACAAAUAGAAAUUAAUUUGCUGCAGUACGUAGUAAUCACUCAGCUGAUAAUAAUUAGGUCAAGAUAAUUUACCUUCUUGAUCUUAAUUUGCAACGACUUAAACCAGCUUAAUUAAUUAAUAGACUAGUCUAGCAAGAGUAGUCAUGACUAUAAGUUCAUAUAUUGUGUGUGUAGGUUUGUUAUAUAUAUAAUUUGUAAUUUAUGUAAAAAAAAAAAUAUAUGCAAGGAAUAUGAAUGUUACA